AUGCUUUUCGCUGACGACAUUGUUUUGGCCGUAGAAACUAAGGAGGAGGCUAACAGUAAAUUGGAAGAGUGGAGGGAAGCCUUGGAGGGAUCAGUGAUUCAGAGUAAUGUGGAGAUUGAUGAAGACGUUUCUAAUCGUAUACAGGCAGGAUGGCUUAAGUGGCGAGCAGCGACUGGGGUGUUUAUUGAUAAAAAAUUCCCUAGUAGACUAAAGGGUAAAUUUUAUCGUGUUGCAAUUAGAUUGACAUUGUUGUACGGGACAGAAUGUUGGCCCGUAAAGAAGGAGUUCAGGGAGAAGGUAGGGGUUGCACCUCUCUCUGCAAAGAUGCGGGAGAAUAAGUUGAGAUGGUUUGGGCAUGUGCAGAGAAAGACCCAUGACGCAUGCAUCAGAGUGAAGGGAAAAAGAAUCCGAGAAAGACCUUGGAGAACGUAG